GAAGCUCUUAAAGUUUGCUUUUAUUGUGACAAAAAAGGUUAUAUUAAAAAAGACUAUGAGGAGCUAAAGGCCUUAAUAGAAACAAGAAAGCUUUUAAGAGAGGCCAAAGAACAAAGAGAGAAGGCUAAGUCUAUAGUCUCUAAUUCUCCAGAAAUUGCUUUUAGUGAAUUUUUCUGA